CUUGUAAAGUAGAACUCUAAACCGUACAAAGGCCUGUUCAAUGGAUCCAGGAUACUGUAAGGAUCAUCACUGAAAGGAUGAAGGAUGAGGUCUUUUUCUCUGUCAGAUGGUUAAAAAGAUAGGUUAAAGAAAAAACAGAAUCAGAUGUGGUCUUAAUUGAUUUUAAAUGGGAGCGAAAACUUUGCUAAACUGUUCCCACUACAUGCUCAGCUUCGAUGAUAAAUGGAGAGUAAACUGCCUGAAGACUACUUGUGAUUAUUUGUGUUAUCUAACACUAAUUUACAACUUUAGUUGUUUAGUUGUCAUCUUUUUCUGAGAAAAAGAAAAGGGUCGGUUAAGUUCAGGGUAAUGUUUUCAGAGAAUGCUGUUUUAUGAUUAUUAAUGAGACCCAAAGAGCGAGAAGUGUUUACUGGCUCAGCACCAUUUAACAUUUGAAGGGUGGAACACACUUAUGUAACUUAAUAUCCACAGUCUUAGUACUUUCUUUGUGAACAGGAAAAAUAUUUUUCCAGGCAUCUUAAAGAAAAAAAAUCCUCAUAUUUUAAUUAGUCGUUAUAUAUGUGAACUUUUCGCUUCUUGUGAUCAUUUGCCAUAUAUACCGCCACCACUGACUGCUCAUGCUCUGGAUAAAUGCUCUGAUUACCUCGCUUACAUUCUCAAAAACCCUCCUGCAAUAUUACAAAACAGGUGCAACACAUGCAAAGCCUUUCACGCAGAUGUGACUCAUUCCUUCACUGUUGGCCUUCCCGUCCUCUAGCGGCCGUGAGGUGACUGUGCGGAUGCUCUGGAGCAGGAUGCUUCACCACCCCCCCUCCCUCUUCCCUGCUGCCGAAAUGCUAAAUGCGUUUCCUGUCCCUGGAUCUCAUGAAUUACGAGUGUGAUAUUAUAGAAGCUUCCAAGGAAAGCGAGCACAGCAUGGAGCACUUCUAAGAAUGAGCCACGGCACUCCAUGUCCGAUUAAAAACCAUCUACAGCCUGCGACAUUUUUACAGCCGAGGGGUCGUUGGAGAGCAACCUGGUGACUUUCAGCGAUGGCUGGAUGCUGUGUUUCAGCGGAGGAGAGAGAGAACCAGAGGAUCAACGAGGAGAUUGAGAAGCAGCUACGGAGGGACAAGAAGGACUCUCGCAGGGAGCUCAAGUUGCUGCUUUUAGGCACUGGAGAGAGUGGAAAGAGCACCUUUAUCAAACAAAUGAGGAUUAUCCAUGGAGGAGGAUAUACAGACGAGGACAAGAGGAGCUAUGCCAAGCUGGUGUACCAGAACAUCUACACCUCCAUGCAGACAAUGGUCCGAGCUAUGGAGACUCUCGGUAUAUCUUUCACUGAUCCCCAGAACCAGAGUCAUGCCAGCGCAGUCCUGGAGGUGGAGGUUGAUAAGGUGGAGGACUUAGAUAGCAACCUCGCCAUGGCUGUCAAGAGUCUGUGGAAUGAUCCUGGAAUACAGGAGUGCUAUGAUCGGCGCAGGGAGUACCAGCUGUCUGACUCCACCAAAUACUAUCUCACAGAUCUGGAUCGUAUUUCACAGCCCUCAUACAUACCUGACCUUCAGGACAUCCUCAGAGUCCGAGUGCCGACCACCGGUAUCAUUGAAUACCCCUUUGACAUGGAGAAUGUAAUUUUCAGGAUGGUUGAUGUGGGUGGUCAAAGAUCAGAGCGGAGAAAGUGGAUCCACUGCUUUGAGAACGUCACCUCCAUCAUUUUCUUGGUGGCACUCAGCGAAUAUGAUCAGGUCCUGGCCGAGUGCGACAAUGAGAACCGCAUGGAGGAGAGCAAGGCCCUGUUCAAGACCAUCAUCACUUACCCCUGGUUCCAGCGCUCGUCUGUCAUACUUUUCCUCAACAAGACCGACAUCCUCAAGGAGAAGAUCAUGUACUCUCAUUUAUCCACCUACUUCCCUGAAUUCACAGGACCUCAGCAGGAUCAAGUAGCAGCUCAAGAAUUCAUCCUGAAAAUGUACCAAGAACAAAACCCGGAGAAGGACAAGACGUUGUACUCUCACUUCACCUGCGCCACAGACACAGAAAACAUCCGCUUCGUCUUCGUGGCCGUCAAAGACACCAUCCUCAGGCACAACCUCAAGGAAUUCAACCUGGUGUAGAAGGUGGCAUACAGCACAGGAGCAAAUGCAUACAAGAGAAGACCUGAGUAAAUUUGAAAUAGAAAAGAAUCUAAUUAUCAAUCAAGCUUAAACCAAAAAAAAGAAUUUUUUUUUUAAUUGUUUCAUUUCUAACAAGGGAGAUCCAAAAAAGAGAGAAUACAAAUAUCCUGUACCAGACAUACUCAGACCAGUCACCAUCUAACAUGAAACUGUGUGUAGAUGCUUUAGUUUCCCUUGUAGUGUUUUAGUAUUUGCUGUAAAUGAUACUUUACAGUGGAAAUGAGAAAGUGAAAAUUAGUAGCAAGUAAAUGACCCAUUGUGUGAACUACUUAUUUAAAUAGACAUAUGAUCUGAGUGCUUUAAUGUAUGUAAAUGUAUCCCCAUGUAAUAGUUUGAUAAGGAUGCUCUUUAGCCCGGUUUUGUGAUUUCAUAAUGUUUAGAAAUGGUUGCUCUAAAACUGAGAUGCAUGUAAGUGCCUUAUUUACUCAGGACAGUCAGUAGAGCCACGGAGUUCAUCGAGUUUCAGAUGUAAAUAGUCUGAGAUGUGCUUUAGGAAAAAAAAUACACAACUGUUUCUUCUAUUUAUGGUUAUUUUCAAUAAAGAGAUAUAAUUAUUUAAUAAAGAGUACAAGUCAAGUGCCUGAUGUUUUCUUGGUGCAAGGAAUAAACUAAGACAGAAAAAAAACUUCAAAAAAACUUUUAUUUUUAUUGAAAAAAACAUGAAAAAAAAGCCACUGCAGUGAAUAAUUUGUUCCCCGAAAACAAAACGACGUAAAUGGCAGCAGAAAGUAUUUAGUGAUAUUAAACCGUGAUGCACCCAAGACCAAAAUCAAAUCUUUGAAAUAUACAUCAGAGUAAACAGCAGCUGAUAAUAAUAAUUAGCAUUUCUUUAUUUUCAAUAUAUACCUUUUCUCUGUAUAAUUCAUCAGCAUGUUUGGCAUUGCAUAUGUGUGGUAUAAAAACAUAAAAAUCACGAAAUUACAUACUGCAACCUCCUCAUAAAGUCUGAUGCGAGGAUGGAUAUUUACAGAUAGACAUCAUAUUAGGUCAUAUACAGCAGACUGAUGCAUGUAAGUACAGUAUAAAAAUAGCAUGCAUCUCUGACUCACACACUCAACAGUCUUUAUUCUGAAAUGUAUAAAAAAUA